AUCCUAACCUUCAAACUAAAAGCACAAAAAAAUCCAGUUUAUCUGCGUUUACACAACAGCAAGGAAUAGACAGUUUUAACUAAACUAAUUCAGGAUUGUGCCAAAGUCUCAAUAUAAUCUAUUGAAAUGGAUUAUAAUGCUACUUCCCAAGUACAUAAUGGAACUCUAGCCGAAGAGAAACCCAGAGAUAUAAACAGUAAACGGAAAGACUACCUGGAAUGGCAAGAGUACUUCAUGUCUGUGGCAUUCCUGGCAGCCAAACGCAGCAAAGACCCUUGUUCUCAGGUGGGAGCCUGCAUUGUCAACAAGGACAUGAAGAUUGUUGGCACAGGCUACAACGGAAUGCCAAUUGGCUGCAGCGAUGACGAUUUCCCUUGGAGGAAAGAAUCUGACAACGCAUUUAAUACAAAAUAUCUUUAUGUAUGCCAUGCUGAGAUGAACGCCAUUCUAAACAAGAACUCAGCGGAUGUGAAAGGUUGUACUAUCUACGUAGGGUUGUUCCCUUGCAACGAGUGUGCUAAGAUUAUUAUACAGUCGGGCAUCUCGGAGGUUGUCUAUCUCUCGGACAAACACGCUCACAAAGUUGAGACCAAGGCUGCUAAGAGGAUGUUCGAUGCUGCAGGUGUCAAGUACACGCAGUACAUUCCAAGAAACAAGAAGGUAGUGAUUGACUUCUCUGAGAUCAACUGGAAUGAUCAGACACAACUACCCCCUACCCCUGUUAAGAGACGGAUCAGUGAAUGUUGAGACUCA